GUUUAACCAAACUUUUUUAUUGUUUUUCGGCUUUAAAUUCUUUACUUGAGCAAAAAACUGUUUUGGAAGGAUUCUUUACUUACAGCGAAGGUUUCCGAUAGUUUUCCAUAGUAUAAAUAAAUAAUUGUUAGAUUAAAUCAUGGCUCGUGAAUCAUUAACCCAAGAGCAGUUGGACUUUCUGGAUAAUUGCCAGGUUAAAUUUGCAAAUAGGUAUACUGAUGAAGAUCCAGAUUAUCAGAAGGUUUUUGAUACUGGAAUACCCACACCUCCUAUAGUAAGCCCUUGGUAUUCCAGAAAUAGAUUUAAUGACAGACGAGGUGGACAAGGAGGUAGCAACUACAAUAGGAAUAAUCGUAGGGAAUAUAAUAGUUCCGACAAUAAUUAUAAAAGAUAUAGGAAUUAGUUUAGCUGUAUUAUUUUAAUUGUAAUGUGUUUCAAUUAAAAUGCUUUUUAU